AUAUGACCGUUUGGAUAACUGUGGAUUUUAUAUCUCUACUAGGUAAGCCAUAAUGAUUUGUUCUUAAAAUAAUUUAAAAAAAUUAUUCUAACCUCUUAGAAUUUUCUUCAGUGUAUUUCUGUGCAGCAAAAUUCAUAAUCGGUAUGCCAUUUGUCGGGCUAUUUCUUAUCUACACUUACAGAAAAAGACACUUAGCGAUGGACAAGAACAUUGAAGAAUUUUUGCAAGCUCAAAAUAACUUUUUGCCCAUAAGGUACUCUUACUCGAAUAUUAAGAAGAUGACGAAAAAUUCUAAGCACAAACUAGGAGAAGGAGGGUAUGGUUCCGUGUACAAAGGAAUGCUCCGAAGCGGCAAUGAAGUGGCCAUCAAGAUUUUAAAGCAAUCCAAGGCCCAUGGGCAAGAUUUUAUCAGUGAAGUGGCUACUAUUGGAAGAAUUCACCAUGUUAAUGUAGUGCAACUCAUUGGUUUUUGCUUUGAAGGCUCGAAACAAGCUCUUGUGUAUGAUCUCAUGUCAAAUGGAUCUUUGGAUAAGCACAUUUUCACUAAGGAAGGUGAGAGGUUUCUUGAUUACAUGAAAAUAUAUGAGAUUGCUCUUGGGGUGGCGAGGGGGAUUGAAUAUUUACAUCAGGGGUGCGACAUGCAAAUACUACACUUCGAUAUCAAGCCUCACAAUAUUCUUUUAGAUAAGAAUUUCACUCCGAAAGUUUCCGAUUUUGGACUCGCAAAACUUUAUCCCACUGAUCAUAGCACAAUCUCAAUGACUGCUGCAAGAGGGACCUUAGGAUAUAUGGCACCCGAGUUGUUCUACAGAAACAUCGGUGGUAUAUCUUAUAAAGCGGAUGUUUAUAGCUUUGGAAUGUUGCUCAUGGAAAUGGCAGGUAGAAGGAAGAAUAUAAAUGCAAAUGCGGAACACUCAAGCCAAAUUUAUUUUCCGUUGUGGGUGUACGACCAAGUCAAUGAAGAAAAAAGUGUUGAAACGGAAGUUGUAGCAGAGGAAAGGAAGGUUAUCAAAAAUAUGAUAAUAGUUGCAUUAUGGUGUAUACAAUUAAACCCUGAUCAUCGGCCUUCAAUGAGCAAAGUCUUAGAAAUGCUCGAAAAAGAUAUUGGUGAACUCCAAAUGCCUCCAAAGCCACUUAUUUACCCACCUGAUGUGCCAGUUAACAAUGAUGAAGCCGAGACGGAGUUAGAAACAUUCUCAACUUUAUCAAGCACUCCAAUAAUUUCUGCUAGAUUUCCUUUUGGAGAUACCAAUGAUGUUUAA